UUCUCAUCGUCCUCGCCAUUAAAAUUCUGACACUUUCUCUCUCAUCCGAAUAAAACCCUUUCUCUUUCUCUCUCUAGCUCGCUCUACAGUGCCCUUUCUACUUUUUCUUCUCCCUCAGAUGAAAAAGACAGCAAAAAAUAAUGGCGGUUGUGCGUUGAUUGAUUGGAGCAAAGCGUCCUGACCCAUAAAGCAGGAAAAUAAAAAAAGAAAAAAAAAUUAAAUAAAGGAAACAUUUGGAGCAGAGCAGAAAACAGAGGAGUCAGAGGCAGAGUGAGAGAGAGCUUGGGAGAAUGGUAAAGCAACAGUGGUUCUAGGAGAGAGCUUCGCUUAGCUUAGCGUAGCUCAGCCUGAAACAUUUGUUUUAGUACUCUCACCACCAUUAUUCAACCCAUUACGCCUUCUAUUUCCAUUAUCCAGAACAGAGCUGAGAAACCCCCGACCAGAGGAGCUUGCUUUGAUGUUAUUUCAUAUUUUGUUGUUUUUGUUUUCGUGGGUUUUCGUUUCUCUUACUAUUUCCUCAUCCCCCUUUGUGUAGAACCCACUAAUCGCCUACUGCUUUAUGGGUUCUUGUUAAUAUCAGAAAUGAACAUGGUGGGUGGGAGGGUUGCUAUUCUUUGGUGUUCUUCUUCUUUGAGAUCUGGGUUUUUUCCCCUUCUACUAAAUAUCGCAAGCUUUCAUGUUCUUACCCUGAAGAUCUGGUGGUUCCUUGGCGUUUCUGGAUCUUUAACUCUGUAGUAAUCCCAGUUCGAGAACCCUUUGAGAAUCUGUAAUCUCGGGGCCUGGACUUGGGUUUUGUGAAGCUCAAUCUGCUGGGUUUUUCUUCUAAUUGUAAAUUAAAGAUCGGUGAAAUCUUGGGGGGAGCGUUGGCGCUGAUUUGAAGCUUCGGAUGAGGCCCAAAACCACUUUGUUCUGUUGCGAAACCGGCUUCGGUUGAGGAUUCUAGAGUGGUCACCAAGUUUCUGUUACUGUACAAUUUGCAGCUCGUUUAGCUUGAAAUUGCAAUGGCGCUUUAGUUUGAGUCUUCUGGGUUGCGGAUGUGUUCUUGGAAACCGCAUUAGCUCUUUAUUUAUCUCUUCCAUUUAAGCUUUGAAUUGAGUAGUUUCUUCGGGAAUGAGGCUCUCUGCGGCUGGUUUUAGUCCUCAGCCGCCGGAAGGCGAGAGAAGGGUCCUGAAUUCCGAGCUUUGGCAUGCGUGCGCGGGUCCUCUUGUUUCUCUGCCGGCUGUUGGCACUCGCGUUGUUUACUUCCCUCAAGGUCAUAGUGAGCAGGUUGCUGCAUCUACCAACAAAGAGGUCGAUGCCCAGAUCCCGAAUUACCCGAGUUUACCGCCACAACUCAUCUGUCAGCUUCAUAACCUCACAAUGCAUGCAGAUGCUGAGACAGAUGAAGUAUAUGCACAGAUGACUCUGCAACCCUUGAGUGCUCAAGAAUUGAAAGAAGCCUACCUUCCAGCUGAGUUGGGGUCUCCAAGUAGGCAGCCAACGAAUUACUUUUGCAAAACUUUGACAGCUAGUGAUACGAGCACACAUGGCGGUUUUUCUGUUCCUCGUCGUGCUGCUGAAAAAGUAUUCCCCCCUUUGGACUUCUCCAUGCAGCCCCCAGCUCAAGAGCUGAUAGCGAGGGACUUGCAUGAUAAUGAAUGGAAAUUUAGACAUAUAUUUCGUGGCCAGCCUAAAAGACACCUUCUAACAACUGGAUGGAGUGUGUUCGUGAGUGCUAAAAGACUUGUUGCUGGUGAUGCUGUUCUUUUUAUCUGGAAUGAGAAGAACCAAUUACUCCUCGGAAUCAGGCGUGCAAGUCGACCGCAAACCGUGAUGCCUUCAUCUGUUUUGUCAAGUGAUAGUAUGCAUUUGGGGCUUCUUGCUGCAGCAGCUCAUGCAGCUGCUACCAACAGUCGAUUUACCAUAUUUUUUAACCCAAGAGCUAGUCCUUCAGAGUUUGUCAUACCACUCACUAAAUACGUGAAGGCUGUCUACCAUACUCGUGUUUCUGUUGGUAUGCGCUUUAGGAUGCUGUUUGAAACGGAAGAAUCAAGUGUUCGUCGCUACAUGGGCACAAUCACUGGCAUUAGUGACUUGGAUCCUGUAAGAUGGCAAAACUCACAUUGGCGCUCGGUCAAGGUUGGCUGGGACGAAUCAACAGCAGGAGAGCGGCAGCCAAGAGUGUCCUUGUGGGAAAUUGAACCACUGACAACAUUUCCAAUGUAUCCAUCUCCAUUUCCACUUCGGCUGAAGCGACCAUGGCCAACGGGACUGCCUUCUUUCGGCAUCAAGGAUAGCGACCUCGGAAUGAAUUCUCCGUUCAUGUGGCUACGGGGAGAUAAUUGUCUAAAUUUUCAGGGAAACGGGGUCUCACCGUGGAUGCAGCCAAGGCUUGAUACAUCCAUGAUGGCAAUGCAACCUGACAUGUACCAAGCCAUGGCUACUGCAGCUCUUCAGGAGAUGAGGGCAAUCGAUUAUUCGAAAAUAGCACCUGCAUCUGUUCUGCAAUUCCAGCAGUCCCAAGGCCUUCCUUGUCAGUCUUCUUCCUUAAUGCAGCCUCAGAUGAUGCAUCAGUCUCAACCCCAGCAGGCGUUUCUACAAUCCAUUCAAGAAAACCAGCAGCAUCAUCUUCAGCCACAAUUGCAGCCCCAGCAAUUCAAUAAUCAACAACAGCAACCAAGGCAGCCACAGCCACCGCAACUCGAUCAUCAGCAGAUUCCUUGUACGAUACCGGCGGCUAUAUCUCAGUUUGCUUCAUGUUCUCAAUCCCAGUUGCCGUCCCUGCAAACCAUCCCUUCCCUUUGCCAACAACCGAGUUUUUCCGACUCCAAUUGUAACCCUGUAACUACUACUGUUUCCCCAUUGCAUAGCCUUGCGGGGUCGUCAUCUGUUCAAGACGAAUCGUCUCAGCUGCUUAACCUUCAAAGAGCAAAUUCAAUAAUUCCUUCAGCUGGUUGGCCAGCAAAGAGAGCUGCUAUUGACCCUCUCACUACUGGAGCUUCUCAAUAUUUUCUGCCUCAAGGGGAAAUUUUGGGAACAUCACAGAGUAGUAUUCCUCAGAAUACUGUGGCAUUGCCACCCUUCCCUGGAAGGGAGUGUUCUAACGAUGACCGAGACGACGGUUCCGAUCCACAAAACCAUGUUUUAUUUGGUGUGAAUAUAGAGUCUUCAUCCCUUUUAAUGCAGAAUGGGGCGUCACACCUUAGGGGAGUCGGCAAUGACAGUGUUUCUACAACUCUACCUUUUUCUUCCAAUUAUAUGAGCACUGCUGGUACCGAUUUUUCUGUGAAUCCAACCAUGACAUCCUCAAAUUGCAUCGACGAGUCGGGUUUCCUGCAGUCUCAUGAAAAUGUGGGCCAAGUAAACCAUCCACCCAAUGGAACCUUUGUCAAGGUUCACAAGUCAGGGACCUACAGUAGGUCGUUAGAUAUAACCAAAUUCAACAGCUAUCCUGAGCUACGCAGCGAGCUUGCUUGCAUGUUUGGCCUAGAAGGCGAGUUGGAGGAUCCUUUGAGAUCAGGCUGGCAGCUUGUAUUCGUUGACCGGGAGAAUGACGUUCUUCUCCUUGGUGAUGGCCCGUGGCCGGAGUUUGUAAGCAGUGUGUGGUGUAUCAAAAUACUUUCACCAGAAGAAGUUCAUGAAAUGGGCAAACGAGGUUUAGAACUUCUGAACUCUGUGCCAAUUCAGAGGCUCUCAAACAGUACCUGUGACGACUACGGUAGCCGACAGGACUCGAGAAAUUUAGUUUCAGGGAUAACCUCUGUCGGGCCUCUCGACUACUGAAUGACUUACCUGGUUACAAUCUCUCUCCUUUAAUUUUAGCAGUUUCUUUAAAUUAUUCUUCAUAUGAGGUUGUGGAAAAAGCUACAGAAAUCUAGUUUGAUGCUUAUGAGCUAGUACUGUAAUUAUACAUUUUCGUUUUUCUGUUCUGUACUAUCUUAUAUUGACUAUACACUAGUAUUAGGACAUCCAUAUUUCAUUCCAACAAGACUUGAGUUUCGUUUGUAAUGACUCAAAUUGUAUAAGUAAGAGAUUUCAUAUUUCAUGUUGUUUUGAGAAA